AUGUUUCAACGAUACUAUGGCAGAGUUGCUCGUGGAAUGAGCUUUCAAUAUCGGAUGAGAUGCCGUCAACAACAAGGUGGUUGUAUGGCCUUCUAUAUGUCUACGAAUACUGCCCAAAGCGCCUCCUCUGAUCAGACGCAACCAACAAAGUCGGAUUACGAGCAGUCGGUAGAUGGUCUUGUUAACGACUAUAUCGCUAACCACGGCAAGCGAUUGGAGAGGAGUGAGCGGCAAAUCCUAGUGGGCCCUGUUUUUGAUAAGGCCAUCCAACACUAUAUAUGCACAGAGAAUGCGUUUCCCGAUUGCUAUGAGCAAGCUGCUCAUGAGGUGUAUGCUCGCGUGAAAGGACAGCUUUUGGAUCCACAAGAGACAUUGAAAUAUCCAUUAUCCCUUCAGGCAAGUGAAACCAAUUUUGAGAUGACCCUAAAUGAUAUACGGAAAGACAUGUAUUACAGAACACGAAGCUUGCUUUCUCAAAGUCGCAAAGUUGAUAAGGAAGUCAUCUAUGACCGCCGGGCGGAAGAAGAGCACUUGCAUCAUUGUCGUUACCUCCUCCAUGAUAAUAGAUUCGCACGUCGAGGGUAUCUCUCUAAAGGUGGGUUCCUGGAGAGUGAAGCCAUCGGCGAAGUCAUCCAUCAUGUGUUUUGCAAAAGUGGUAUGGUCGAAUUGGAAAAGCAUGAGUUGGUGCCAAAACCACUUAUUGUAUUGGCCUAUGUUUUGAUGCGUCGUUGCUUCGAAUCCAUCCUCAAUCCUGCACGUCCAGGUCGAGAACUUAAAAAAGUGUUUAGACAAGACGGCCCUUCCAUGUGGCUCUAUCAAAGUACCGUACCAGAUGGCAUAAAUGGCUUCCUCAAAUACAUUAAUUGGGACAACGUACAAAGCGUGCAAACGGGAGUCGUCCAUCACCCGCCUGUGGAAUUUAGAGGAGUCUACUCUUACAUUCAGGAGGCUAAAGAAGGCUUAUGGUCAUUAGCGUAUCCACGUUACAAGAAAAAGUCAUAG